GAUAUUACGCACGCAGCUGUUCUGAGCCGGGUGGCCGGGUUUAGCCGUGACAACGGUGGUGGCCGUGACCGUCUGAAGAAAAACUAACAGCCACUGGUCCUGUUGCGAUGUGUUUCGUUCACGAGCUGCGCUGACCGACUUGUAGGCGCCGUAAGGGAGAGGUGCAACAUGACAACUUACGACGGCAAGGUGAUUGAGGUUGGGGCCCGUGUGGUGGUAGUUGGCAAAGAUGUGCGUGGUCGAGUGGCUUUUCUCGGCAACACAAGCUUCUCCUCGGGCCGAUGGGUUGGUGUGGUCCUGGAUGAGCCCAAGGGCAAGAACAAUGGCACUGUCCAGGGACGAACCUACUUCUCCUGCUCCGACAACCAUGGCAUCUUUGUGCGCCAGUCGCAGCUGCGGAUCUUGGAGGAAGAACCUCCUGAUGGCACUCCAGAGCAACCAAAGCCCCUUGCCACAACCACUCCGGGCCCAGCUGCUGAGGUUGUAACACUUGAACAGCCAGAGCCCCUCACUCGCACCUGGGUAGUGGAAGAGGCUGGCCAGGACAAACAGGCUGCACAGAAGGAGCAGGAUGCUGAAAAGCAGGCUCUCAAGGCCCAGAUUGUAGACCUACAAGAGAAGCUGGACACCCUGAUGCAGAAAAGGCAGGAGAGCAAAGCGCAACUUCGAGAUUAUGAACGCACACGACUGCAGCUCCAGCAGCUACUCGAAUUCAAGACCAAGAUCACAGAGUCCCAGGCUGAGUUGCAGAAACAACUGGCACAAGCACGGCGUGAGGCUCAGGAAGCUCAUGACGAACGAGAGCGUCAUGCUGAGGAAGUGUCCGACCUUGUAGAAUCUAUUGAGAUGGCCACAGUGGAGAAGGAAAUGGCUGAGGAGAAACUGGAACAGCUGCAGCAAGAGGUGGACCAUUGGAAGGAGAAGUACGAAAUGCUCGAGUUAGAUUACAAAAUUCUUACUUCUGAGUUAUCUACAGGUGAACCCAGCAGUUAUAAGGAACGCCAGUUAGCUCAAGAGAAUGAAAAGAUGCGUGAAGCACUUGUACGUUUACGUGACCUUACCACUCAGUUGAAGCAUGAGAAGCAGCAGCACAAGAAAGAACUUGAUCGAUGUCGUGCUGAGGUACAAGAGCUGUCACGGAUAAAACAACAGCUGGAGGAACGGUACCAACAAGCAGAGUGUUCCAUUACAGAGUUGCAAGACCAACUGGACAUGGCUUUGGGUGCAGAGGAAAUGGUAGAACACCUGACAGAGAAGAACCUAGACCUGGAAGAGACUGUGCGUGACCUGCGUGAGGCAGUGGAUGACAUGGAGAAGCUGCAUGAUCUCAAUGAGGAACUGCUGCAGCAGGCACGUGAGACCGAGCUUGAGCUGCGUGAAGAGCUCUCUCAUGCACAAGUGCGCCUGGCAGACAGCCACAGGCGAGUUGAGGCAGCUCAUGAGGCCCUGGCCGACUGUGAGCAGACUUUGGCCAAGUACCAAGCAUUGGUGGCUCAACUUCGGGAACAAGCUCAGGGCUUGGAGCAACAGCUUCAGUCUGAGCCGACGCCUGUUGCUGUGGAAGCUAGCGAGCUCGCGCUGCGACUGGCCCAGGGCAAGGCGCAUGCUCGCGCCGUCGACCUAGAGCUGCGACGGCUUGAAGUGGCUCAGGCCAAUCGGCAUGUGGACUACCUUACAGCCUUCCUUUCCGAGAACUUCCUAGCGCAUGAGCAUGAAGGUGUGCUAAUGCUGCUGCUGGUAGCACGUCUUGCGGCCAAAUGUGGCAUUUUGGCCAAGCAACUGGAACAGCGUUGGGCAGGUGCAGCCCCAGGGCCAGGACAGCCCCUUGAGUCGGUGCAGUAUGCGCAUUCGUGCUUUGUACGGUUCCUUCUAGGCCGACUGCAGGGUCUUCUGCAUCAAUAUGCCACUGCCUUGGACACUUGCAGUGUGGAAUUGUUUGCCAAGACAGCUACUUUGUAUCCUGAAAUGAUGGGCCACGAGAAGCUCUUGGACCUGUAUGUACAGCUGCUUCGUAAGGAUGAGCUGGAUGAGAAUGUGUCCCUGGGGAACCUGGAGCGGGCACUGUCCUAUUUCCAAAGUUUGUAUGCUGUACACCUUUCCAAUGAGCGGCAGGAUGAAAGGCACUUGCUCGCCCAAAACUUGCGGUGCCUGGUGCUAGCCUGUGAGGCUGUGAAGUGUGCCUUGGGCUUUGUGCGCCAUGUUCUUGGUGCACAGGGUGGUGACCUUGCUGCCUUGCUUGAUGCUGCACUUGCCUCUGCCUCUGAUUUGCUGCAAGCGGUACGCAAGGUUCGCCGGCGGAUGCCUCAUGAUGAAAGCCCCAUCACAUUGGGAGCAGACGCUAAGGAGCAGCUGGAGGCUGAGGUGCGCAGCCUGGGCCAGGUGGUGCAAGCAGCAUGUGCACUGCAGCGUGCAGUUUCAUCCCGCAUUGAGAACGAGCUCCAGUUACCUCUGGACAAGAUGAAAGAACUGGCUCACGAAGCCACUGACCGCGUCUAUGGCAAGGAGGACCAGGGGCCUGACUGCUUGCGUGAAGCACUGGCAGCUGCUGUGAGCACAUUGGAGGGCAUGGCUGAUGCAGUACAGCCACAAGAACCCCAGCCCAAACCUACAGCCCCUAUCCAACUGCGAGCUCAGGCAGCACGCCAACAAGCACGUGAUCUUGAAGCUGUGCGUGCCAGUUUGGAAGCUCGAGAGAAUGACAUCAUUGCCCUCAAGAAGGCACUGAAGAUCAAGAGUGAAGAAUGCAGUGAAAUGUGUGUUCGUAAAGACAUGGCAGAGAAGAAACUGGAGGUACUGACUCGGGACAGUGAUGAAAGAGUAGACAAGGUUCAGAGACAGCUGGAUGAAACAAGGAUGCGGCUGCGCAAGAAAGAAAAGGAGUUUGAAGAGACCAUGGACCAUUUACAAGCUGAUAUUGAUGCUUUGGAGACAGAGCGUGGUGAACUGAAAGACAAGUUGAAAAUGAUCUCUAAGAAGACUCUGUACAAGGGGCUGUCUGAAACUGUCGGCAUGCCAGCAAGUACAAGCUGGCCACAGCUGCAGGAUGUCAAGGCGGCAUUGCGGCAUGUGCACAAUGAGAGAGCCAAGCUGGAAAGCAACCGUGUGAGCCAGCUGCUGGCAUCAUUGGCACCACUGGUGCCAGUACCACCACGUGCUGAGCAGCAGCGUGAUGCAUGUGCAAAGGCAGCACGUGCCCAGAGCCAGGCACUGUCCCUGUGUGUCCAGGUUCGCGUAGUGGACCUAAGCAACCGGCGUGCCUCCAGCUGUGCUGAGGAACCAAACUGGGGUGCCCUGGUUGAGGCACGCCGCUCUCUCGAAGCCUCACGGCAUGAGCUGAUGCUGCUGCGUGCAUUGGCUGUGACGCGUGUGGCCGCUGCCUGGCGUGCCUUUCCUAACCCUGCCAUGGUUCGCCUUCUUCAGGCACAAUAGUUUCCUGCCUUAUGAUUAGCUCGACUAAGCAUUGCCAAAAUGGCUUCUUUUUUUAUUUUCGGGAAGCAUGGGCCAUUAUGCUUACACUUGUAUAAAAUCUUAAAAUAGGGAUUCUUUGUGGUCCUACAGGAGUCAAUAUUUUGCACCAUUUUACUAUUUUACAAUUUUACUGUACGGUGCACUUCAGGAAUGGAAUGCUUUGACCCAGUAUAGCUUCUUUUUCAAGCUGUAUUUUGUAGUGGGCAGUGGCUUAAUUAAAGGCACACGAGGGUAGCAUCUAAGCAUCUCCUGAGUGCACUGCCAUGAUAACUCGGUGAAACCCUUUAUGGCUGUUCAGGCUUUCUUUUUUAAUGCUAAACAUUUAUUUCAUUUGUCUAGGAAACACAAGCAUUGUUUUUUUGCCAAGGUUAUUAAAGAUGUUUCAGUUUUGUAAUCACUCAUUUCUUGUGAUUUUUGUGCUAGAAAUGACUUUUGAAAUGGAAAGUAUGCUAUAAAAUUAUGGUAAUGAAACAAUAUCCCUAUUUAAUGAUUAGUAAUUAUAAUUAUAAAUAUUGUACAUCCAUAUUUUUGAGAAGUAAGGUUUGAAUGCUUUAUACUUAUGUCCGUUUUUGACAGCUAAUGGUAAUAUAACCUGUUAUUGUAAGCUUGGUAUAUCAAAAGUAAUUAGCUCAGAGAAGAAGGUCAAACACGAUGAGCUCUUCAUUAGCGAAGGAACUCGUGAUGCCCAAGCACAGUGCUGACUUCUGAUUGCAUGCUACCUAUUGGCCAUGUGAUCAAACGGUGAAGCGCUGCGCAAGUAUUUGCAGCAUGACGUGGACACAGCUUUGGGUCAAAAAUGAAGACACAUGAGGCAUCUCAACACGGCUAGAUUGCACAUGGGAAAUUCUUAAAGGGCCAGUAAACAGGCUCCGACUUUUUUUUUUUACAUCUCCCAAACAAGCUCGCCAACUCAUGCAGGCAGCCGCGGCGAUCACAGUUCGUGAAUAUCACAGUGCUACGCACCGCGCAAACGCUCCACUUCGAAAGCAAUUCCCGUGCUCCUCUGCAGGGCCUGUCCAAUCCUCUUCGUACGCAAAGUGACGUAAUCUUGCCCAUGGGCAACAUUACUUUGCACCGACUUUGUAAAUUGGUCCUCUGCACUACGAAAUGGCGUCUUGGCCCUGCGGUGAUGCAGUUUUGGCCGUGCAUUUGCCACGCUUCUUCACCAUGCCGCUAGGUGGACCCUAGCGCCACUCUGGCACAAGCAACACGUGGAGGAAGCCUUGCUCGGUCGUUGGCUGCAUGCCGAUGACAUAAUCGCUGACAUCGUGUUACGUUGCCAGAGUGGGCGUAGUCACGACAGCGGGCGACGCCUACCCCUCUUGGCUGCCGAAAAGGGUGGGAACGCUGAGCGAGAAACCAAAAGAGGCUGAGGCAGGUUGUUCUAUACCCUCUAACUUCCUUAUUACAGCACUUAUUGGCAAAAUUCUUGCGGCAGCAUGUUCACAUCAAUCAAGUGCGCAAUUAUCACUUCAUCACACAUUUUCGACUGCGGGGUUGUUUACUGACCCUUUAAAGGUGUCCUGAACCACCCCUCUUGCUUGGUAUUAUAAAAGCCUUGUAGUACAUUUUACUUCUCCCAGAAAUAUACAGUCGAAAGAAUUUGUCACAAAGGUAUAGUAGAAGCGAAGGUAUUGUGACUGCCAUAUAUUCCUUUUGCUUACUUUCUCAAUGCCCCUCGUUACAAGCGAGCGGAGCUCUGGUGGGGCGGCACUGUUGGAAGUGUCCUGCCCUCUGCGUUAAGUCACCUGGCUUCCGUGUUGUGUUGUUUUCUUUCCGCACAACUUGACUGUGCCGAUUGGCACAGCUGUCAACCCACGCUUCCGGCUGCCUGUUUCUCGCUGUGCUGCUGGGCACUGCCGCAAGCUCUCUGCAUUGUUUCAGUCCUCCAAUCCACUGUUUGAUUUCGAUUCGUCACACACGUGCGUUGUCAGAGGCACAUACGCUUACGUGUAGCUAGACACGUCUACCAUGCUUUAUGGGGCUGAGCCUUUAUGUCCUCUGUGCACCGCUUGUUUUCGAUCGUGCGUGUAAGUCAGUAGCAGGCACAAUCGCACGAUGAUAAAUCCCGCUCUUCGAGCGUUGGAGCUCAGCGGUGCACACUAGGUUCACAAGGUUUGAGGCCAUUUAUGACAUUCAAAACUAAUCAAAUAUAAACGAGGCACAAAGACCACGAUGGCAAAAUGUAGUGAGGCCAAAGUUUCGCUCAAACGUGGGUGUGUGCUGCGAGUUGAGCUGACGACAGUUGUCUUCUUCUGGAAGCGCAUCAUUCAUACCAAAACUUAAAACAAAGUUUUUGCUUACUUCAGCCUAUUUAUUUAGCAUCAAAACUAUUAUUCAAAUUGGCAAUAAAAAGCCGUGCAUCUGAUCCUAGUGGCAUCCCUUGUUUGUCAGCUGUCAGCCAAUAGCAAGAAUCUUCCAAAUGAUGAAAUUUGGCAGCGACCAUUAGCUUCAAAGAGCAAGGAUGAGCCUCUGUUUGAGGAGAGAGCACUUGAAAAACUGGUAACUUCGUACUGUGCUUGUGAACUCUGUGUUGCACACAACCACGAAAUUUGGCUGAGCUCUUCAUGGUAGUGUUUGCUAUCCGUAGAAUGUGUUUUUUCACCAAGGCCGAGGGGUGGUUCAGGACCCCUUUAAGGGCAUUCUAUGAACACAGUCUGCAAUUGCGACCAUGGUGUUAAGAGUCACAGUGUUAGGAUGCUGUGCUAUAACGCAUACACAAGACACGACAGGACAAGCGCUAAUGUAGGUCUUGGGUUGAAAUCCUAUGGAAAUUUCAGUUUCCUUGUUUUCCCAUUUGUUUGUUAUUCCUAAAAUAUUUAAUUAUGUUUUAACUUUUUAUUUCUUCAUGUUGUCUUUUUUCUUUCUUUUUUUACAUUCAGGGCACUGCUGUAGUGGCCGAAGGACUGAUGCAUGCUUUUUCUGCAAUUUUAGCUUGUAAUAGGGUUUCUAAUGCUUAGGCAGUAAGAUGAAAGUCCAAAGCUCGGCCCCCUCAUAGUGUAGAGCAGCAAGUGGGUGCAUAUGUUGUUGUUCCAAUGUCAUUGUGGCAUAAGGCCACUUUUAAUAAAUUUUCAUUAUUUAGUGGUCUUCUAUGCAAUGCAUGCUUAUAUUACUUACAUUAUGUGAUACUUUACCUAAGUGAAGCUCGCAGUCUUUUUUUUUUUUCUUAGAACCCAGAUGUGCAUGCUGUAACCACUGCUAUCAUUUAACUGUAGUGCACCUCUUGUUGGAAAAAUAAAUACGUUUCUUUGCUUGAAA